AUGGAGACCCCAAGCAUGCCAACCACGUUGACGGACGAUGAGACCACGAUGGAGACCCCAAGCAUGCCAACCACGUUGACGGACGAUGAGACCACGAUGGAGACCCCAAGCAUGCCAACCACGUUGACGGACGACGAGACCACGAUGGAGACCCCAAGCAUGCCAACCACGUUGACGGACGACGAGACCACGAUGGAGACCCCAAGCAUGCCAACCACGUUGACGGACGACGAGACCACGAUGGAGACCCCAAGCAUGCCAACCACGUUGACGGACGACGAGACCACGAUGGAGACCCCAAGCAUGCCAACCACGUUGACGGACGACGAGACCACGAUGGAGACCCCAAGCAUGCCAACCACGUUGACGGACGACGAGACCACGAUGGAGACCCCAAGCAUGCCAACCACGUUGACGGACGACGAGACCACGAUGGAGACCCCAAGCAUGCCAACCACGUUGACGGACGACGAGACCACGAUGGAGACCCCAAGCAUGCCAACCACGUUGACGGACGACGAGACCACGAUGGAGACCCCAAGCAUGCCAACCACGUUGACGGACGACGAGACCACGAUGGAGACCCCAAGCAUGCCAACCACGUUGACGGACGAUGAGACCACGAUGGAGACCCCAAGCAUGCCAACCACGUUGACGGACGAUGAGACCACGAUGGAGACCCCAAGCAUGCCAACCACGUUGACGGACGAUGAGACCACGAUGGAGACCCCAAGCAUGCCAACCACGUUGACGGACGAUGAGACCACGAUGGAGACCCCAAGCAUGCCAACCACGUUGACGGACGACGAGACCACCGCCGAUCGCCCUGCGAAUGGUGCGUCCGCCGGCGUCUGGACGACCGUCGCCCUUGUCGUGACCGUGCUCAUCGUCAUCCUCAUCAGCAUCGGCGGUCGCCUCGCCUAUGAUCGUUGGGGUUCAUUCUGGUUGGCCUCGCCGAGCGCUGAC